UAUGCUAUAUAUUUUUAUCUUUCAAUCAAUCAUGAACUUAUAAUAAACUUAAUUCUAAUAAUAUAUUUAAUAAGUCAGAAUGGGAAAUAACGAAGACAGCAACGAUUUAGACAAAUAUAUUUAUUUAGACUUUAACGGAAAAUUAUCCAGUGAUGUGUUCCAAAAUGAAGUUUUUCUUCGAAUUGCAAACUUACAUAAAAAGGACCCUCUUAUUCAAGUAAACGAUACUCUCUUUAAAGGUACAUAUGAUCAGUCUAUUGGUACAAAUUUAUUUUUUGAGGAGACUGAUGUUAACUCUCACACUGGCAAUGCUUUCGAAAAGCAAACAUCCAUAUGUUUGAAAUAUUUACAGAGCUCGACAAAGUUACUCGACCUUCAGCAGGUGAAAUUUCCUCAAAAGAAAGCCAACAUACAAAAUGAAAUAAAAAACAUAAAUUACAAUCUGAAUUGGGAUUACAACGAACUUUUACGUAAAUUAGAGAAUGGAACACUGCAAAUAGAGGAUAUUUCAGCAGGAGAACUACCGCCCGAAGCACCACCUCAAAAGAUGGAAGUAGUAGAAGAAGAAGAAUGUGAAGAGAAUUAUGAGCCUCAAAAUAUUGAAAUUAUUGUCGAGGCUGAAACUGAACCUGAACUUGACGAGAUUGAAGCUGCACUGGAAGGUAUUAAGCCAAUAAAUAUAUUAGAGAAGGAAUACGAACAACUAAAUGUAUUGGCAAGAAGACCAGUAAAGAGGGCAGUAUCUCCCGAAUUAGUAGCAGAAUGUGAUGAAAAAUAUAAGGAAGUUUUCGAGUAUCAUAAUAUCGAACGUCAAAUUUUACAACCAAGGGAUGGAUUUAGGUUAGAAGUUGUUCAUGUCGAUGAAGAUACUUUGUCGAACUGCAUAGACAUAGAUAGAUGUAUUCUUCAUGGUCUCAUUCCAGAAUCUUCCGAUUUACCUCGAGUAUUAACUAAGUUAGAAAAAGAAAAGUUACUUACCUUAGAAAAUUUUGAUAAUUUAUCAUUGGCUGGUCGAUAUUAUGUCCUUCAAAAUAUUGUUAGUGACUUGCAGAAAUACGUAAAGAAUGCAACUCCAAAGGAAUUGCAGGAUAGGGAUGAAUACGGUCGCACUGUACUGCAGACUUUGAAAAUAUAUGAGAAACUGACAGCAGUUGUUAAAAAUCGUUUGCAAGAAAUAAAAUCAAGUUUAGAAACUGAGACAGUUUGAAAUCGAAGAAUCUCAAAAUUGUCAUGCAAUUUAUUUUUUUAUGUAAUUUUUUUAUAUUUAUUAGUCAUUUUUUUACAAUUAUGUAAGGUAAG